AUGUCUACGAAACAAAAGGUGUUGCUCCUUGGGGCUACUGGUGCAACGGGGAGUUCCAUAUUAGAUGGCCUAUUAGGGGCCAACCAAUUUGAUGUUGAGGCUCUUGUACGGCCUAGCUCCGUGGAGAAACCAUCUGUUCAGCAGAUCAAGAAUCGUGGUGUUCCACUGCGUGUAUCUGAUUUAAAUGUCUCGGAACAAGAGCUUGUUUCCACCUUGCAAGGUAUUGACAUUUUGAUCAGUGCCAUUGGGCCUCACGACCUCCUACAGCAAAAGACGUUAGUGAGAGCUGCCAAGUCUGCGGGUAUCAAGCGGUUUAUUCCUUGUGCAUUCAUCACAGUUGCCCCACCACAAGGGACAAUGUUGCUUCGCGAUGAGAAAGAGGUUAUAUACAAUGAGAUCAAAAGAUUACAACUUCCCUACACAGUCAUCGACGUUGGGUAUUGGCAUCAAAUCUCCUUCCCCUGCAUACCAUCUGGGCGCGUUGACUACGCAGCUUUGGUGCCAAACACGACGAUCCAUGGUGACGGCAAUGCCCCCAAUAUACUGACAGAUGUCCGUGAUAUUGGCCGCUUUGUUGCACAGAUUAUCGCCGAUGAUCGAACGGUGGACAAAUAUGUUUAUACUUGGGGUGAUAUUUUGACUGAAAACGAGAUCAUCGAUAUCGUUGAGGACCUGUCGGGCGAGAAAGUUGACAGACAAUAUGAGACGAUUGAAGAAAGUGAGAAAAGACUCAAUGAUGCCCAGUCUUCCCUUUCUCUUGAUCCGGGGGAUCCAAGCAAGCGGACCUUGGUUUAUAUUACACAAUAUACAUAUAGCAAGUAUGUUCGCCAGGAUAAUCAGCCUCGCUAUGCAAAAUAUCUCGGGUACCUUGAUGCGAGAGAGUUGUAUCCCGACUUCAAACCAAUCUCUUUUCGUGAAUUCUUUGCCGAGGUUCUCGAUGGAAAAGGCAAAAGGCCCUAUGGUCAUUGA